AUGAACGGCUGUAGACACACACUUGGAAACUCAGUGUGUUUUAUUCUAAUGUCUUUGGCUCAGCGGGUUCUUCUCACCUGGAUCUUCACGCUCAUCUUCCUCAUCCUGCUGGUUCUCAAGCUGGAUGGGAAGGUGAAAUGGAGCUGGUUCAUUAUCUUUCUGCCCGUCUGGAUCUUUGACAGCGUGCUGCUGCUGAUGUUGGGUGUAAAAGUGGCCGGUCGGUGUCGGACGGGUCAUGACCCGCGACUGAAGCUCUGGUAUCUGCUGGCUUUAAUGAUGAAGGUUGGAUUCUGUCUGACUCUGUGCGCGCGCCUUGAACACAUGACAAACCUGCGGCUCGUCUUCAUAUGUGUGCCUUUAUGGACGCUCCUGACGGGAGCCAUGAUCGAGCUGGGCUACAACAUCCUCCCACAACACACACACUGAUAUACACACACACAUUUGAUUGAGCUGGGAUACAACAUCCUCCCACAACAUUCACACUGACACCCAACACAGACACACAACAUACACUUGAUCAAGCUGGGCUACAACAUCCUCCCACAACACACCUGAUUGAGCUGGGCUACAACAUCCUCCCACAACAGAUACACACACGUGUGAUUGAGUUGGGCUACAACAUCAUCCUGCCUAAGACACUGCAGACACAUAAUAGCCUCAGAUUGUUUUUUCAACAUUUUAACCAUCUCAUUUUCAUUGGAUUAGAAAAUAGCAAAAUGAAAAAAAAUGAUUAACUCUUUAAAGCAUUCGUUUUUCAAAGCUUUGAUUGUGUUUACGUUGUGCAAUAUAAUGUGUUCAUGUUUCAUGUGUGGAAAACCGCAGUAUCAAAAACUC